UUGGUUUUGAUUUGCCGUUUGUUCCGCGUUGUUUUUAGUACAAUACUUUAAAAAUUACAAUGAAACCCUGAUCUAUAUACAGAAUAGAAAUAUUUUUACAUUUCGCGAUGGAUCCACCAUCACCAUGGAAAACUCCGAACGAAGUAAUGCAACUGCAUAAGCUGAAAAAGCGAAAGAAAGCUUUACAGGAACGAAUGCGCCAGCCCUCAAAUUCAAUAAUAGAAGAAAGCAGUCAGACACCCGUGGAUCUUGAUUUCUCAAGAAUUCUUAAUGGUGACAAAAGAAAGAAUCCAUUUUCAAAAAGCAAUGUGGAGCAAAAUAAAAGAGUUAAAUUAGCAGCAACAACAGAGUUGGAUCAAUCAAAUGACAAAACGCUGUUUGCAUUGCUCAAGCUACCUGCCAAAGUAGUAGAAAAACCUCCAUUGGAGGUUGACACGGAGAAAUUGGCAACAUUCUCAAACCUUUUACAGAAAUUCACAGCUGAACAUUCAGUAGAAACACAUAUUGUAGAGAAGAAAUAUAAACAUUUGACUAUAGACUGGGCUCUGAAAACUAAGAUAAGAUUAAUGUCUGCAAAACCAUUCCCGUGGACAACAAAAUUGAAGGCAAGCGAGGAAGCGUCGGGGAUUACUGGCUUCGUCCGUUGCCUGGACACUGCAUCAUCGUCGACAUUGGACACGUCUCCACGCGCGCGCUUCCACCAGACAUGUCUGUACUGGCAGCACCCGCACCUACCUUGGCUCAACAUGUUUCCGCGCUCCAUGGGCAAGGUGGCCGCUACUAGCUUCAUGGCUACGAAUGAGGAUGUUAAGCAAUCUCUGCUAACCGAGUGGACAGAAAGCUUUAGGUCGUUGUUCCAGUUGCUCCGCGCGCUUCACUGCCCGUACUUCUACGUGUGCGCGAACGCGUUCACGUGCGUGUUCCGCGCCGCUGGGCUGUGCGGCGCGCCAGAGCCCUGCGCGUACAUCGCGCCCACCACGCGCGGAUUUAGACACGCACUGCGACAAGAAGAUGUAGAGUUCACGAUGCCCCUACGAUCGGAUAACAAGAAAAAACUCAACACAUCGGACGAGGAGCGCGGUAAAAACUCCUCCUUUGACAGCUGCUACGACACUAUGGACGAAGGAAAGGCGGACAAGAACUGCUCCGGGGACGAAGAAGACCCGGACGAGUUUUUGUCGCAAAUGGGACUUGGGACGGACGAAAUCAAAAGAAUAAAUAAAGCUCAGGCCCGCCUAAGUCACACAGUGGAAACAAGCGUAGAUAGCGCGGCAGAGUCGCUCGUUUUAGUUCGUGGGGCGGAUGCUCAAGCCCUUUUCAACUUCCUCCUCAACUGCAAGUCACUAGUCAGCCCCAGUGGUCCCUUCGGAGGCGUCCCACCCACCCUUCUGGCGCCUACAGCUUUCCACGGAGGCACGCUGCAGUCGUUGAAGGUUCGCGAGAACGUCAUACAUUCCGAUAGCAAAAAGUAUUACUCGAUAGAGCUGCGUGGCCCGAUCCUACCGACUACAGUGCAUUCGUUGUUCAACGUACUGAAGACUACUUCCUGCGCACAAUUCAGCGCGACCUUUGCUCAUCACCAACCGACGCUGGCGUUCACUUGGGCAGCUCACAAAUUAGCUGAAGAUGAAACUUCAAAAGAAAAUGAACCAAAUAACUUCACGAAGGCAUUCAAUAAGGAAAAUUUAUCAGACUGCGGUAUCAGUGACGACAUGCUGCAACUAUUUUGCUCAUCCGACUCCAGUGUUUUGAAAUCUUUAGACAGUGUUAAAUAUAACUCGGAAGACAAUACCUACAGUUGGUGACAACUGACACCAAUCUACGGUUAUCUCGUGCUCUUACUCCAUCUGUGCUAACGAUAAUUUAGUAUGCGAAACAAUAAUUGGAGUGAAAACUUCUUCAGAUGGUUAAGCACUUCUUAUGUAAACCUAAAUCAUGGAACUCGCCCCAUCUUCACUGAACGCUUACUAAUAGCUAUUUGUAUACUGUAUACUUAUAUUUGUACAUAGACUAAUUUUUCCACUCUUGCGGCCCGUUAUUCUCUAAAUCUAAUAUAGUUUUUGUUAAGAUCGAUUGACAUCAAACGAGCCAAUGCUCAUUCUAUUCCCAUUCUAUUAAAUUAUUUCCGUGUAAACAGACUUACUUACCUAAAGCAUUCUGUCUGUGAGAAUUCUCGCUUGCUUGUUAAGGCUAUAGAGCCUUUCAUUUCUUAAAUGUUGAGAAAUUAGAUUUUGUUGCGUUUAAAUGUUAUCUGCGUUGAGUCAGAUGGAGGAAUAGCAUUCCGGUAUAAAUGUAUGUGCGUUACGAUUAUAAAUGAAGAAUCAGGACUCUGAGAAGUGAUGGUGUUUGCGCGCGUGAUUUUUAUUCCAAAGGUGAAUCAAUUAAACGAAUAUAUUUUUUGUAUUCAG